AUGGCGCCUCUCGUCCUCCGACCUGCGAAUGCGCCGGAUGCCGCAAAGCACCCCGCCGCGACAUACACAACCGAGGAUAUGGACAUGGACGACGACGUAGAUGAUACCCUUCUGCGCGAGCAAAUGCGCCAGCAGCAAGAUGAACGCGCACAACGACUCCAAGCAAAAAACCGGCGUAAACGCUACCUCGAAGUGCAUCCCGAGUACUUCUCCGAUGCCUCGCUCGAACUCGCCGAUCCGCUCCUUUACGACCGCCUCAUACGCCGCUUCCAAUCAGCAUCAGAGCGCGAAGCCGAAGGACGAAAAAAGGGCUUCUCAGGUCAAAUGUCCGCGGAUCUCUGGCGCGCAGAGGCGAAGAAAGACGCGCUGUCGCAACCCGACCCCAACUCGCUCUUCACAUAUAGCCGCGGACCGCAAGGGGAGAUUGUAGAAGAAGACAAGGACGAUAUCCCCAUGACAAAAGAGGAAGGCCAGGCAUGGUGGGUGGACGAGAUGACACAACGCUUUCUACGAGGCGGCGACGACGACUUCGACUAUGCCAAGCUCGUCGACGGCAAUGCCCAGUACGAUGAUCCAGAGCAGGAGAGGGAUUUGGAAGAGGCCUACUUUGAGAGUAUGGAGAGCGAUUUUGAUUCGGAUGGGGAGGGCAAGGAGAAGGUGUUGGUGGGGGAGACGGGUAUACAGGAUUAUUGA